AUGCCGCUCUACACCAAAUUCAUGAAGGACAUCCUCACCAAGAAGGGGAAGUACAUUGACAAUGAAAGCAUUAUGGUGGGAGGCAACUACAGUAUAGUGAUACAGAGGAAGCUGCCUAAGAAAUUCAAAGACCUCGAGAGCGAGACAAUCCCUUGCACCAUAGUGAAUGAGUCAAUAGGGAAGACUCUCAUUGACUUAGGGGCAAGCAUCUACUUGAUGCCCCUGUCAAUGUGUAGAAGAAUUGAAAAUAUGAUGAUAGACCCUACCAAGAUGACGCUCCAGCUCGCAAACCGAUCAAUCACAAGACUGUACGAGGUAGUGGAAGAUGUCCUAGUCAAAGUCCGCCACUUUACUUUCUCGGUAGAUUUUGUCAUCAUGGACAUAGAAGAAGAUGCGAAGAUUCCUUUUAUCCUAGGCACACCCUUCAUGUUGACUGCCAACUGCAUGGUAGAUAUGGGGAAUGGUAAUCUGGAAAUGAGUAUCGAUGACCAAAAGGUAACCUUCAAUCUUUUCGAAACAAUUAAAUACCCAGGGGAAGAUAAGAGGUGUUUCAAGGUAGAGGAGAUCGAUAAAGAAGACGUCAGUGCUCUCCAAACCACACAAAAUUCACUAGAGAAAGCUUUGAUCAAUGUUGUGGAUUGUCUAACCAGUGAAGAGGAAAAUGAUCUAAGGGCUUGCUUGGAAGACUUAGAUCAUGAAGAAAACAUUCCUAUAGGGGGGACUAGUUUUGAAGAAUUGAAAAGCAGGAGUCCAUCGGAGAAGACCAUGGUAGACCUGAAGAUCCUACCCAACCAUUUGAAGUAUGUGUUCUUGGAGGAGAACGAGACCAAGCCCGUGGUGACAAGCAGUGAGCUAAUAGCAGAGGAAGAGAACAGGUUGGUAGAGGUCCUCAAGAGACACAGGGAAGCAAUUGGGUGA